AUGAUAAGAAUUGAAGUAUUGGAUGUGGACGAACCACCGGCAUUUCAAAAUGGACCAAAACCAUAUCAGGCUGUGGUAGCAUACGACCAACCUGUUGGAAUGCAUGUCUACAAGUUUAUUGCUCGAGAUGAAGCUGGUGAUGGUGAUGACGAUGUGGAAUAUCGACUUAUCAAUACCGAACCACAGGGAGCAUUCACUGUAGAUCCGAUGAGUGGAGUGGUACAAACAGCUUUGAAACAUUACAAACCCGGUGAAACUUAUCGUAUUUUUGUUCAAGCACGAGAUCGAACACCAACAGAUCCCGAACUUUCUCAGGAUAGCGAAGUUGCAGUACUGGCAGUAUAUGCAGGUGAUCGUGCACCGCAGUUUAUUAAGCAACAAUACACAGUUCUUGUUCCAGAAGAUGCUGAACUUGGCUCCAGCAUAAUUGGUAUCACAGCAAAAUGUUUCAAACCAAUUGAUAAACGUCGUAGCAAAGGGGAAUUGUUGUAUGAGUUAUAUUUGGAUUCAACUUCAAUAGAACGCCAAUCAUCGCCAUAUUUUGCAAUUGAUGCUAAAGAUGGCAUAGUUCGAUUGAUAAAAACGCUCGAUUAUGAUGACAAUACACAACCGAAGCAUCAUCAAUUAACUGGUUUUUGUUAA